CAAUUGCUCUUAAGAUACAUUUUUAUCAAAACUAUGAAAGUGUUGCCAAUUGUGAGCAGUCAUUUUGGAUAAUGAGGUAGCAGGUGAGUUUGGCAGAUCAACAGCACAGAAGGAGCCAGUUUUCUAGUGACCUUGGAGCUGCCAUGCUCGCCCUGAAGUACCUGCGUCCAGGAGAGGAAUCUUCUUCCAUCCCCUUGAAGCCACUGGUAUUUGUGGUAGUGUUGUAUCUUUCUUUUUCCCUUAUGUGUGUCUGUAACAAAGAUGGCACUGAGGAAUAUGCUGAGGUACCCAGCCCUCCGGCUUCCAUGUUCCGGAAUCUAUCACUUAGAUCUUUGCUCAUAGAGCCCAGAGUUCCAGAAUACCCAGUGCAUGGUGAGUCUGGAGCAAGGAGUCAGCUAGUAGGGCUUGUGGUGGAUGUCAUAAUGCGAGCCUGGGGCACAGUGAUCGUGAUCCUGACCAUGCUGAUGGUUGCCACUGUGGAUACCAAGAUCUAUGGACGCUGCAACCUGGCAAUGAAGCUGGAGAAAGCGGGCCUCAACGGCUUCCUUGGCUACAGCAUUGGAGACUGGCUGUGCGUGGCACACUAUGAAAGUGGCUUUGACACCUCCUUCGUGGACCACAAUCCUGACGGCAGCAGUGAAUAUGGCAUUUUUCAGCUGAACUCCGCCUGGUGGUGUGACAAUGGCAUUACACCCACCCUGAACCUCUGUCACAUGGAGUGUCGUGACCUUCUCAACCGCCAUAUUCUGGAUGACAUCAUGUGUGUCAAGCAGGUGGUGUCCUCACGGAAUGGUAUGAAUGCCUGGGAUUCUUGGACCCGGCAUUGUUAUGGCCACGAUUUAUCUGAAUGGCUCAAGGGGUGUAAUAUGCAUGCAAAACCUGAUGCAAAAAUAAUGACUUCAUGACAGAUUCCCAGAGAGAAAUUGUAUUUUCCUUUUUGUGGAUUUAAUAAAGGAUGAUACCUAUAAACAAUG